CAGCAGUCAUGCAGCAGUGGAGAUACCAGCUGCACGUAGAAGAAGAACUUCUUCUACGUGCAGCUGUUUCUGCCCAUGGCCGUCCAGUCCACACUUCAGUCCUUCCUUCCUUGAUUUUUUAAAACACAUUCAUUGAAGAUGUCAGAAGAUCUGCGGUCCGAGCUGGAGAAAUACCUGCAGACUUUAAACAUCCAGACGACCUGCGUGGAGCACCCGCCGGUGUUCACGGUGCAGGAGAUGAUGCCUCACCUGCAGCAGCUGAGCGGCGCCGUCACUAAGAACCUCUUCCUGAAGGACAAGAAGAAGAAAGGCCUGUUUCUGGUGUCGGCGCGCCACGACCGCCAGGUGAACCUCAACGACCUCGCAAAGAAGCUCGGUGUCGGCAGCGGAAACCUGCGCUUCGCAGACGAGGUGGCCAUGUUGGAAAAACUCAAGGUGGGUCAGGGCUGUGCCACGGCUCUGGCUCUGCUCUUCGACCAGGACCAGAGUGUGCAGUGUGUUCUGGACCGGGACCUGGUGGAGGGGGGGCACCACAUGGUCUACUUCCACCCCAUGACCAACGCCGCCACCGUGGGGCUGCGGCCGCACGACCUGCUGCGCUUCCUCAAGGAGACGGGACACGAGCCCAUCCUGCAGAGCUUCGAGUAGGACGUGGACCUGGACCUGGACCUGGACAUGGGUUCAGAACUGAACCUGGACCUGGACCAGGACCUGGAUCUGGACCUGGAUCUGGACCUGGGUUCAGAACUGGACCUGAGCAGCCUGCAGGGUUUGAACUGGACUUGCAAAUAACCUGCAGAGAGAAAUGUAUCAGAAAUAUAUUAUACAUGUUUUAACAUAUUUGAUUAGAAAGUAAUCUAUAAAAUGUUAGAGUUUCAAAAUUAAAGAUAUAAUAAGUUG